AUGCAUAAAUUCAGUGUUGCGUUCAACAGGCGGAAGUCAACCGCGACCUCGGAGGAUUUCCAGCAUGGCCCAGUGACACCACCAGAGGGUCAAUCAUCAUUCCGAGUUAUUGAACGAUCAGACCCUUCUCUCGGCAAGUCAUUUGACGGCGGCGCCAGAAUGGCCAGGGCUUCUGGGGGCUACAUUCCCAAGCCAAGUCAUCUGGAUCAGUUCGACAACGAGGAUAACAUGUUUGCAGACCUCAAAAGUGGCAACAGGGGAAGUGGGGCGUCUAAUACGACCAAAGCCACAUCAACUGAUACCUCCUCAAGGCACAGUAAUGCCUCGACCGCUCCAUCUUCAACAAAUCUCGAAUCACACGACGAUCACAAGCACUCCCAGAAAAAGAAUCAGAAGCAGAGCCAAAACCAAAAUCUACACGACAUUGCUCCACGAGCCGCUGUCAAGUCGAGCGGGUCCGGAUUUCUGAACCGAGCUGGUCGAACUUUUUCAUUCGGCGUUCAGAAAAAGCACAACGCUUCGCCCCCAAAGAUCGACAACGAUAUCCCGCCCGUCCCGACCAUUCAACAGGAUGCUUAUGGUGGAAGAUCGCGAGGCCUGACCGAAUCCACGUCUAGCACUGCUACACCGCCACAGCUGGAGAUGGAAAACAAUGGUAUGGACAUGGGAGGGGAUUUUGGUUCCAUGUUUUCGUCGUUCGAUAAGAGGGCGAGCGUCAUUACAAUGAGAGCUGACGGAUCCGCCGCUCCUCGAUCCCUCACCAGCAACCGACCUAUUCAACCUCCCCCUCUAAGCAUCAACAAAGUCGAGCCAGGCCCCGAGUCUUGGGGCCGAAACGAAGACGAUGGCCUACUCGGCCCCCAGCCGGGCUCCCCUGAACUCGAUGAUGUACCACCUCCUGUUCCGCGCCAUCAGAGUUCUUUCAAGACCUCCAACCGACCGUCCGAUAUCAUUGAAGAUGAGGACGCGAAAUUGUUGCAGGACUCGAUUGCCGUGGGACGAUUGUUGUCCGAGUCUAGCAGCUCCAACGCUCCUUCUGGUCGCUACCGACGAAACGAAGACUCUUUCUCAUCCUUUGAGAGGAAACCUCUAAACUCAAGCUUCAACAGAGGCGACGAUAACCUUUUCGAGGGAACUUCGGCUCAUAACUCACGCAUCACCAACCGCCCCAACACGCGAAACCCCAGCCCACAGCGCAACACAAAGGUUAUGACGCCAGCACAGUUUGAGAAGUACCGAAAGGAUAAGGAGGAUCACGGCUCGAGCGAUGGAGUUCGGCAGUCAACCACCAACGACGAUGACGAUGAAAUCAACUACGAUGACGAUGAGGAUGAGAUGGAGAAGUCUAAGCAGCAAGCGAAGCAAAGAAGAAAGCAGGAGGCUCACAUGGCAGUCUACCGACAGCAGAUGAUGAAGGUCACUGGAGAGCAACCUGAUAUGCACCCACAUGACCGGCCUGGCCUAGCAAGCUCGAUGAGCGCUCCACAGCUUCACCUCAUGAAGACGCCAUCCCCUGGACUCCCAGCUGGUACUUCUGAUGAGGAUGAUGACGAGGAGGUGCCUCUAGCCAUUCUCCAAGCUCAUGGUUUCCCCAGCAAGAACCGGCCACCCGCCCGACUAAGUACCAUGGGCUCGAACCCGAACCUACGAGCAUCUACACAGUUGGCGCCACCACGACCUGGCUCAGCCAUGGGUGAGAGCAGCCAAAACCAGCGCCACUCGAUGCUUCCCGCCUUCGCACGUGGCCUACCUCAAGACCCUUUUGUGGGCGCCAGUAUCUCAAAGCCUGCCAUGCGUGAAUCGCUGACCUUCAGCGGCGGUCUACCUGCUUCCGAGUCUCAGCAAUCACUGCCUCCCGGUGGCUUGGUUGGUGUGAUCGCCAACGAAGAACGUUCGAGGGCUAUGCGACGUGGUGGACCCAACCCCAACGGUCAGAAGUUUGUCCCCGGCAUGAACGCACCACAAGGCCCUCCAUUCGACAACCCCCAAGCCAUGAUGAACGCCAUGAACAGUAUGUAUAAUAUGCCCGGCAUGGGCAUGUCACAGCAGCAGAUGAUGCCGCCACCGCAACUCACGGUUGGGGACCAAGCACAGCUCCAGAUGACACAGCAAAUGUCCCAGUUCAUGCAGAUGCAGAUGCAGUUCAUGCAGAUGAUGGCUUCCAACAAUCAGCAGCAACCUGGCAUGGUGCCACCGAUGCAACCUCCUUAUGGCGGAAUGUCCGCCACUCAGUCUAUGAACGACCUCUCAUCGCGACAUUCGAUGAUGCUUGAGCCAACUUUGGAGCCUCCUCGCCGCAUGGACGCUGGAAUGCGUACUAUGAGCAUGGUCCAACCCAGUUCAGGCAGCUCGUUCUUGCCGCCAAUUGGUGGCUACGCCGGCUCAAUUCAUGGCAUGCCCAUGGGCUACACCCCAUCUAUUGCCCCUUCUGAGCGAAGCAACGUUGGUCUGCCUGGCCGCUACCGACCCGUGUCACAAAUGCCAGCCGCGGCUGUUCCCGAGCCACAUCGACGAACCAGCACCAUGUCUGGAGCGCUUGGUCAUUGGAAUGAACCCAAGACAAAGUCAACUAUCAACAUCGUUAAUACUUCUGGCGAUGGUUCAGACGAUGAUGAUGAGGAGGGAUGGGAGGCGAUGAAGGCAAAGCGCGAUAAGAAGCGCAGCAUGUGGAAGUCAAAGAAAGGAUUAGGAAGCGAAUUUGGAACAAGGAUAUAA